AUGGUCUUGGUUCCUCGACGUCCGCAGGAUGUACCGCUGCAGGGAGCGGUGACUCAGGAAGAAGGAGACGCUACAGAGUCGAAGCCUAAAGGUCGAACUAACCUGCUGGAAUACACAUUCCUAGUCUUCGGCCUCUUCGUAGUCGGGACAGUCCUCUUCCACAGAUUAUACUGGACAAGACGCCGUCUACGCGCUCUACACACAGCGUCCCAAUCCCAAGGACAGGCCGCACACUCAAUAACAGUCGUUCGUCGAUCUCGGAGGCCACGGUCCAACCCCCAGCACCAUUCAGACCGCCAAUCCAGGCACCACCACCGCCGCGACACCAGCCACGCCUCCGACCUCCUCACCCAACAACCCCAUCUCGACUACACCUACACCUACUCUUACGCCUACCCUUCGUACCAGGCUGGAGCAAACGAUUCAACGUCCGGUGGAACCAGUCUCCAGGUACCACCUAUAGCAUACGCAGGUGGGACAGCUGGACGAAGAGCAGACCCAGACAAGGAUGCUCCCCUACCACGCUACGAACCAGAAGGGGGUCCACCCAAGUACGACGAGAUCGCACGGGUACCAUUAGACGCUACCGACGGCCAGAGUCUGACGGCCCAGAGCCGCCACAUCCACCAACACAGGCUCAUCAACACCGUCCACCCUGACCUCCAUCACCAUCGUCCUCCCUGA